UCCGGCUCUUCUGAAGCCGUUUCGCUCGCCGAUCUGUGAACGCUGGGAGGGGGGCUCUUUAAAUCUCUCCCGCUCAACUCCCGACUCUUACCCCCCUCCAAAAAAAAUCAAUAAACAACAACUACGCUAUUUAAUUGCACUGUAUUUUUUUCAGUUACAGUUGGACACGAUUAAAUUAAAAACGUCCGAUUAUUUAUUUGUGUGUUUCGCAGUUCAUGCUUUGUCUGUAUUUUUUGCACACCUCAAGAGGAGGGCAGAAAUGGCGGCCAACAUGUACCGGGUCGGAGACUAUGUCUUCUUUGAGAACUCUUCCAGCAACCCUUAUCUGAUAAGGCGAAUAGAAGAGCUGAAUAAGACAGCGAGCGGUAAUGUGGAGGCCAAGGUGGUCUGCUUCUACAGACGGAGAGACAUCUCCCACAGCCUGAUCCAGCUGGCGGACAAACACGCGAGAGACCUGGAGGAGGAGAAGGAGGGGCCCCGAGACCCCGAGCUCAAUGACAAGCAGAAGCACCAGCUGCGGCACCGCGAGCUCUUCCUGUCGCGGCAGUACGAGUCGCUGCCAGCUACGCAUAUCCGGGGGAAGUGCAGUGUGGCGCUACUGAAUGAGACCGAGGUUGUCCUCUCGUACCUGGAAAAAGAGGACACCUUCUUCUACUCGCUGGUGUACGACCCCACACAGAAGACCCUGCUGGCAGACAAAGGGGAGAUCCGGGUGGGUCCACGCUUUCAGGCCGACGUUCCAGAUAUGCUGUCGGAGGGAGAGCCUGACAAUAGAGAUCAGUCCAAGCUGGAGGAGAAGAUGUGGGAUCCCCAGUGUCCCCUGACCAGCAAGCAGAUCGACCAGUUCCUCGUGGUGGCCAGGGCGGUGGGGACGUUCGCCCGCGCGCUGGACUGCAGCAGCUCCGUCCGGCAGCCCAGUCUCCACAUGAGCGCCGCUGCUGCCUCCCGUGACAUCACACUGUUUCACGCCAUGGAUACUCUACACCGGCACGGCUACAACCUGGCCAGUGCCAUCAGUGUGUUGGUGCCCCAGGGCGGCCCGGUGCUGUGUCGAGAUGAGAUGGAAGAAUGGAGCGCCUCCGAGGCCAGCCUGUUUGAAGAAGCACUGGAGAAGUACGGCAAGGACUUCAACGACAUCCGGCAGGACUUUCUUCCCUGGAAGUCGCUAACCAGCAUCAUCGAGUACUACUACAUGUGGAAGACCACGGACAGAUACGUGCAGCAGAAGCGGCUGAAGGCGGCAGAAGCGGAGAGCAAGCUGAAACAAGUUUACAUCCCAACAUAUAGUAACAAGCCCAACCCCAACCAGAUCUCCGUCACUAAUGGCAAGAUGGCCACCGUGAACGGUGCUGCGGGGCCAGGCGGAUAUCAGACGGCAGGUGUGGGCCGAGCCUGCGAGAGCUGCUUCACCAUGCAGUCUGCCCAGUGGUACUCAUGGGGCCCCCCCAACAUGCAGUGUCGCCUGUGUGUGUCCUGCUGGACGUACUGGAAGAAGUAUGGGGGGCUGAAGAUGCCCAGCCGAAGCGAAAGCGAGGAGAAGGCACCCCCCAGUCCUGCAGCCACCGCCCCCCAGGAAUCCCGUCCACGGAGUCACGGUCCCCGGCAAUCAUCUCACAUGGUCCCCAUGCGAAACAGCAGCAGCCCCAGGUCCUCCAUGAAGACCAAGCAGGCCUUCCUGCUGCAGGCCACACGCCUCACCAAGUUGGCCCGUCACAUGUGCCGUGACCUCAUCAGGCUGCGCCAGGCAGCCCGCCGCCCCUUUGUGCCCAUUAACUGUGGCGCUAUAAAGGCGGAGUACAUGAGCAGAGGUCCGGAGGGAGGGGGCAGGCCAGCCCGCCUCAGAGCAUCCCAGAGAAGCACCCUCUCCAGUGUCCUGCAGUACCUGGAAUCUCGGCCCACGCCCCACGCUCCUCGCACACCCCGCACCCACGGCCUGCGGGUCCAGCCCCCCAAGAGCCUGCUGUCCUCCCUCCCCAACCACGGGCCGCUCAGCAUGCUGGGAAAGCGAAGUUACCACCACCACAGCCGACUCGAGGCAGCAGAGAGGCGGGGAAGUGUGAGUUGUCAAGAUAACUCCAGCCACGUUGUAGGGUCCAUACUGCACAACGGGAGGAGCGGCAGCAGUACCCCCCGGAACGUCGAAACCAUGCUCCACAAGCGACGGCCCAACUGGAUUGAGGCACCAGACGACAGUUUCUUCCUCGUGUCCCAGGAAACCAGUGCCGCAGCCGUUAGACCCCUGCUGACGGAUGAUCCGGAGGCUGCUUUCUCGCUUCCAGCUCAGGAGGGCCUGUAGGCAGCCGUGCGAGCAGAUCGACGUGAGGAGGACUCAUGGCCCGGCCCACGGUCACCUCCAGCACCUGAGAGCCCGAGACCCCAUCAUCAUCCAGGACUGACCCCCAAUGGAGACCUUUGUGAUCAACUCGCUGACAUCCCUCACCCUCACCCUCCUCCUCCCACCUCCUACCCAUUCUGGCUCUUGGCUCAUUGGUCCCCCGAGAAACCAGAAUUCCCAUCACGUACCAGCAUCACUGGAAGAACUAAUUAUUUAAAAAAAGACACUAUAUCCGUACAGUAUGAAACGUGCCCAUGACUGUCCUCAGCUGGGGAAAAGUAAAGAAACAACAGAAAUAGCAAAUUUAAAAAUGCCAUAUUCAGGUUGCGGGUACAUUCUAUCACACGGAUAUUCUUCCUUCCAUGAUGAUUACUCCAUUGUAAAUAACAAACUGUCCAGUUUUUGAAAUGGUGUUUUUAAACAGUGACCUUUGGGUUUUAUAUUUGCUUCAGCCAUAGUCCCGUCACCCACUUUGCUGACAAUCGGUACCCUCAAGAGUGUCGAGUUCGCGGUGAGAUCAGCCACCAUGAGACUGGCCAGGGGCUUCAUUUCAGUCGCCUUUCAGUUUGCAGCCAGACGUUUUACUAGAUAGAUUCACAGUAAACAUCUCGUUCAAAGGUACAACAGCAAACCCCCCUAUAGCUCGCCUCUGAAACGGCAGGCCUCGGGCCCGUCUCCGGAUCACUCGCUCCAGCGGGAUACGUCGAGGCCCCCAGAUUUGACCUGCACAAGCCUGCGAUUUCCCCUACCCUGUUUUUUUCUGCUUCUCCUAUAAGUCCAAAGUGUCUGAUGAGAUGCAAAGCGGAAUAAAACGUGACUGUCACAGGCAAUCCCUCCCCCCACCUGGAUAUGACACCUUCUCUCUUACACUGCAAAGACAUUGAUGACAGUAAAUCUGCAUCAUCUGUCACUGAUUACUGCACCUGGGUAUAAAAGCUGCUGCCAUCUUUGCACAUCUACAACUGUGCCAUGGUAUUAGACGAAUUGCUGUAAAUUUGUUAACAAAGCAGUUAUUAUGGGACGCAACAUAGAUUUAUCUGCAAAGGGGAAGACAAUUAUCAUUAUGAACUUAGGUGAUAGCAAAUCAACGCUUGAAAUUGCUAAGAUGACAGGCAGACACCAUCGUGCCAUGAAGAUGCAUGUAGUUAGGAAGAGGACAGAUUUGUUUCCCAAGAUAGUACUCGCUUAUUGAGGAAGAGUUUAACAGAAAACCAACGGCAAAGAGAUAUUUAACAAAACCAGCAAUGUCUCAAGGUCAACAAGGUGUUGAAUACUUCACCACCCUGGAAAAUGUUUCAUGAUUUUCAACCUCAACUGGAGGACAGCUACAAAGUGAAGCUUGUAGAAUGGGCCUAGAAAUAUUUAGAAUGGUAUCAUGAUGGACCGAACAGAUAGAGAAAGAGCUCAAUCAGAAAUGACAGACCUCAUUCUCACAGACAGACUCCAGCAAGGAGUAGUGGUGUGAUUUUCUGGACUGGAACAAUUGGUGGUGAGCUGAUUGGCCACUGGCAAGCUGCUGAAGGUAUAAACUUGACUGCAGAUGCUUAUGUUGAAUUUCCGAAAAGCAACUUCCAUGUUCCAUGGUGUAAAAGUAAGCAUUUGGCAAUAAGAUAAAACAUGCUUUUCAUGCAUGACAAUGCUCAGUCAUAUGCUGUAAGGAAGACAGUUGAAUACUUGAUAAAAUUAGACUGCAAAAAUAGCUAUCUGAUGGAGCGACCAGUAUCUUCAUAAAUUUGAAUCCCAUUAAGAACCUAUGGAGCAUCAUAAAGCAAUAGAAUUAUGGCUCUUGAUGCAAGUUUUCUGCAAACGAAGAAGAAAUAUUCCACCUGCGGAAAUUCAGAAUCUAAUUAGGUCAGUGGAUGAAAGACUAAUAUUGGUCAUAUCUACCCAUGAUAGUGUAAACAAACACUUUAUCUAGGGGGUUUGUUAUAUGAAUCAUUACAACAUCUUUGUUAUCCAUUCUAAAUAAACAUUGCUACAAAUUA